AUGGCCCAGCUGGCUCACUGCAUCCGCUCCACCUUUGGCCUCCACUGCUGCCUUCUCUUCCUUCUAGCUUCUCGGGAGGCAGGACACAGCUCUAUGGACCACACUAAAUCUGCAGAAACCUAUCGGCCUAAACACCAUUGCAAAUCCACACACCAUUCCAAGCAGAUUCACAAAUCUAUAGGUAACUCCAAAAACUCUGUAACUCAUCAUGAAGCUCCUCCUACUUCUGAACAAACCCCCGGCAAUCAAGAAAAAGGUCCACUUAUCUGGGACAAACGCUCUAUCCAUCCAACUGACUCCAUUAACACACUUAAAAAAUCAUCUGAUACAAAAUAUCCAACCACAAAAUCCAAGAGCAAAAUAACUUGUCCUAAGUCCAAAACAAGCAGACAGACAGUAACAAGAAACUCAAAUAAAAGUGUAACACCUUUGGGAAAUACCGUCAUUAUUUUAGACAGUAAAAGCACCACCUCAUGCAAGACCACAACUCUUACCCACAACUCACGAUGCCUCCGGAACAUACAUCAGCAAGAGGAGAAGAUCACACGGGCCCCAUCAACACCGAAUGAACAUGAACAACUAAGCACAUCAGCUCAUGAGAGGAUCACAAACACCCCAGCGAUGCCUCCGGAACAUACAUCAGCAAGAGGAGAAGAUCACACGGCGAUGCCUACGGAACAUACAUCAGCAGAGGAGAAGAUCACACGGGCCCCAUCAACACCUAAUGAACAUGAACAACUGAGCACAUCAGCUCAUGAGAGCAUCACAAAGACCCCAGCGAUGCCUCCGGAACAUACAUCAGCAGAGGAGAAGAUCACACGGGCCCCAUCAACACCUAAUGAACAUGAACAACUGAGCACAUCAGCUCAUGAGAGCAUCACAAAGACCCCAGCGAUGCCUACGGAACAUACAUCAGCAGAGGAGAAGAUCACACGGGCCCCAUCAACACCUAAUGAACAUGAACAACUGAGCACAUCAGCUCAUGAGAGCAUCACAAGAUCCCUAUCAUUGCAGAGCACAUCGGUCCUUUCGAAGAUGACAAGAGAUUCGAGUAAGACUACAAAAUACCUAUCAGAAACCAUCGCAACCACAGAAGAAACAUCAAAAUCCUCAGAAAAGCCUAUAGUAUACACAAAGAAGAUCACAUCUACCAAAAGAAGGACCACACCAAUAAAAAUCUCAAUAAAGCCCACAGAAAACCCUACAAGAAAUAUAGAAACCACAGAGACUAUGAAAUCUCUAGUCAAGCUCACAGGAGACAAAUCUAUCUCUACUUCCUUUCCAAAUAAAACUGCGGUUACUCAUCAGGUGGCAGUUGGUUCUUUUACACCCACAUCCAGCAUGGAGCUCAAUUCUAUCAUGUCAGAAGCCCCAUACCAGAACAAAGGUGGCUUUCAGGGAGGUCUCCCUGUUGGAGUGGCAGGGGAGAAUGGUUCAUUUCCUGUGUGGGCCAUAGUUAUUGUGGUCCUGGUGGCAGUGAUACUCUUUCAGAUGUGUCUUGGCCUGAUCUUUUUGGUCUCCUAUAUGGCGCGAACACGCCGUACACUGUUCCACAACACUGAGGACAAUGACCCAGAAGAUAAUGUGGGUCCCAAUUCUUACCCAGUCUACUCGAUGGAGCAGCAGACUCUUGGUGUGGGCCAGACCUCUUCCUCACAAUGA